UCCACCUCCACCUUCACGGUGACGGCCGUUCGUUCUGGAUCCGAGAUCCAAUACCUCACCAUGACGGCUGCCGACUCGGCCUUCUGGCUCGGCGGCGUGACCUCCUCCUACUGUCCUGAAACAGUCACCGACUGUCCUGCUGGAAACCAGACCGUUCUGGUUGACGGAGUGGCUCUGGAUGUUGAAGUCCCUGGCGGACAGCAGAUUUACGUCAACCCCCUCGGUGCCCUCAGCUACACCGUCCCUCACUCGGCUUAUAUCCCUGCCAACUCCUCGGUCGGGCCCUUUGUCUAUACCCCCGGCGCCGGAUGGGGCCACUACACCUUCACGGGCUGGGGCGCGUCCGGGUUCAUGGCCUGUCCUACCUUGGAUAACAAGUGGCAGGUGUUUGCUGCCGUGCAGAACGCGACAGUCCCCUCGGGCAAUGUGGAUGAUUGCCUUGGCUUUGAUGCCCUUGCGAACGUUUACGACGGUGACGUUGCGGCGUGGGAGUACAUCUAA